UCCCCCAGCUCUCUCCUCAGUUUUUAUAUCUUUGUGAAAGAAGACUGAGAUUUGCGAAGAAAAAAAGAUGACUCAAGACGUGGAGAUGAAAGAUAAUCACACCCCAACUCAAUCCGUUGUCUCUGCUACUACCUCUACGCUGCAGCAUUUGAAGGAGAUUGCUGCUCUGAUCGAUACCGGGUCUUACACCAAGGAAGUCCGCCGUAUUGCUCGUGCUGUUCGUCUCACCGUCGGACUUCGACUGAAGCUCACCGGCUCUGUGAUCUCUUCUUUCCUUGAUUUCGCUCUAGUUCCUGGAUCCGAGGCUCACACUCGUCUUUCUUGUUUUGUUCCUAAGGGUGAUGAACAUGACAUGGAAGUUGAUACAGCAUCGUCGACAUCCCAAGCUCCUCCUAAGCAUUUACCUGCUGAGCUUGAGAUUUACUGCUACUUCAUUGUUCUUCUUUUUCUCAUUGAUCAGAAAAAGUACAACGAGGCCAAAGUUUGUUCGUCAGCUAGCAUUGCUCGCCUCAAAAGCUUGAACAGGAGAACCGUUGAUGUCAUUGCUUCAAAAUUGUAUUUUUACUACUCCUUAAGUUAUGAGCUAACAAAUGAUCUUGCUGAGAUACGUAGUACUCUUCUUGCUCUACACCAUUCGGCAACUCUGCGCCAUGAUGAAUUGGGACAGGAAACACUUUUGAAUCUGUUGCUUCGUAACUAUCUACACUACAAUCUCUACGACCAAGCAGAGAAGCUUAGGUCAAAGGCACCUCGAUUUGAGGCACACUCUAACCAACAGUUUUGUAGGUACCUGUUUUACUUGGGGAAGAUCCGGACGAUUCAACUAGAGUACACCGAUGCAAAAGAGAGCCUUCUCCAGGCUGCUAGGAAAGCACCUAUUGCAUCUUUGGGCUUCAGAAUUCAGUGCAAUAAGUGGGCUAUUAUAGUUCGACUGUUGUUGGGUGAAAUACCAGAACGGUCAAUCUUCACUCAAAAAGGAAUGGAGAAGCUUCUGAGGCCAUACUUUGAGCUAACCAAUGCUGUGAGAAUUGGUGACUUGGAGCUAUUUGGUAACGUCCAAGAGAAGUUUGCAAAAACAUUUGCGAUAGACAGGACUCAAAACCUCAUAGUUAGACUGCGACACAAUGUGAUCAGAACCGGACUGCGCAAUAUCAGCAUCUCUUACUCGAGAAUCUCCCUACAGGAUGUCGCUCAGAAGCUAAGGCUGAACUCAGCAAACCCAGUGGCUGAUGCAGAAAGCAUUGUGGCUAAAGCCAUUAGAGAUGGAGCAAUUGACGCAACCAUUGACCACAAGAAUGGUUGGAUGGUCUCCAAGGAAACAGGGGACAUCUACUCCACUAACGAGCCACAGACAGCAUUUAACUCCAGAAUUGCGUUCUGUUUGAAUAUGCACAAUGAAGCAGUCAGAGCGUUGAGGUUCCCGCCAAACACGCACAAGGAGAAAGAAAGUGACGAGAAAAGGAGGGAGAAGAAACAGCAAGAAGAGGAGCUAGCCAAAUACAUGGCUGAGGAAGACGAUGAUGAUUUCUAGAUUUGAUUCAAAGUUGUACUGUUUCGUCUGUUAACACUUAUGUUAUUUCGACAUCUCUGAAUUUUCUUGUUAUUGUGCACAUCAGUUCCCCUACUUUAUCAGAUCAGAUACUCUGAACUUUUGUUAUCUAAGGUCAUUCGUACUUC